AUGCUUGACAACUACAUACUUCUAAUUUUCUUUAAACUUCAGGAAAAAGAAAAUGCAUGGAUUCGAAAGUUGAGCCCAAAAGAUGCUUUGAAGCUUUCAAUGGUUCUGAAGUGUUUUCUUGUGACAUGUCUGCCGCCUACACUCGUCUUCAUAUCCUUUCAUUCUUGUGAUAUCAGAAUAUGGAGCUGGAAUCCUAGGAGACGAAACAAAUCCCAGAAUUCUUCUAAGUUGUUUUCUUUCUUCUUUCAUUUGCCCAACUCCCUCCCCUCUAGCAAACGUUUACAAAAGGAACUUCAUCCGUUUCACAAACAGUCAGAGAAAAAAGAAAUAAGAAGAAAAAAAGGCAAGCACGUUGAUAAACUUUAA